AUGCAGUCCUGCAAUAUAAUUGCUACAGCUAUCGAUUACAUUGUCAACAGAGUUCCAUACACAACACUGGUUACUUCUUAUAUUGCUACGAUGAAAUCUGAAAUCAUCAUAAGAUAUUUAGUCGCUGCACUCUAUGCAUUCAACUAUAUUUCUCAAUUAUAUACAGUCUUGUUCUGUUUCAUCAGAGUAUUGGUUCUUUUUAAUCCAAGAACUCACUCAGAGGCCAGUGUUUGUUCCGUAGCAAACAAAGCAAUAGGAAUUCAGUUGGACUUUCCGUUCCAGUAUGGAGCAAUAACUCUUACGACUACAUUUGCUUCCACAAAUCGUCUGCAAACUAUCGGGGACGCUGUGUUCUCUUCGAUUGUUACUUUUUGUAUAGUUACGAUGGCAUUAUUGAUGAUCAUCAAAAUGAAGACUCUGAAAUUAGUGGAUCAAAAUUCGAAACUGAAGGCAAAAGCAGAGACAACACUAAAAAUCACAAUGUGCAUUAUUCUGCUACCAUCUAUGAUGACUCAAGUUUUUGCUAUUACAUGUUUCUGGGCAUCAACAUAUGCUAGCUACAUCAUAUUUGCCCGGGCUAUUCUUGUGGAUUGUCGAGUGAAUAUAGUCUCUUGUUACUUUUAUUGGACUCAUCCGUAUUUUAAGCAACUGACAGUAUUGAAACCUGUGAAUGUGAAGUCUGAGCACGAAUUGAUUAUAAUUGAAGUUGCAAAUCGUAUGGAAACGGUUCUCAAAUAUGGUCAGAAUAGAUAA